CUCUAGCGGUUUGCAGCAGUUACUGCUAUAACGGGAGGAGAACAAGUGGGCCCUCUCGGUAUAAACAGGCUCUGGUCCUACAUAACGAAACAGGAAGAGCACUCAGAAGAGUCUGGUAGCUGCUGCUGUUUAUUUGGGAUUUUUAACACUAAACUAAGUGUAGUCCUGCUGUCUGUGAGGAGAUUCAGAGCUCAGUAUGAUACUGUGUGCUGUCCUCUCCGUCUGUGUGCUGCUGGUCGUGGCUCUGGCUGAAGGCCCGACCACCGCAGUCCCCCGGGCUAACUCCAGCAGAGCGGCCGUGCAGGGAGCCGCUGUGAGCGGCAGCACCAGCAAGACCAAGUCGGAGAAUAAAGCGGCUAGGAACGUCACUCUGAACAGCCUGAACCUGGACGGCUCUAUGAUUCAGAGGGCUCUGUACGUCCUUAUCGGAAUCACUAUUAUCGGUGUUCUGUACUUCCUAGUGAGAGCGGUCCGUUUAAAGAAAACAACAACCCAGAGGAAGAAAUAUGGGCUUUUGUCGAACUAUGAUGACACAGUGGAGAUGGCACAGCUGGAGAGUGAUGAGGAGGACACGACUGUUUACGAAGCCAAAUCACUUAGGAGAUGAGCCUGAAGUGCUGGGUAUGAGGUGGAGGAGGAGGAAAGUAAUGAAGACAAUCUGUUCCUUUGAAAGAGAAGAAAAGAGAAGAAAUCCUGGAUAAUGCAAUGCUGGAGGUGUACAGCUAUAAGCAAUAAAAUGGAAUGUGUUCUUGUGAUGGAAUUGAAUGACCAAAAAAGGCCAUCUCUGAACUUUAGAGAAGGUCCAGAUUUAUGCAUUGGAAAGCUUGGUGUUGCGUAAGGGACUAAAACUGUUUUGGUAAAGUUCUUGUACUAAAACUGUCUUAUUUCUUAUUUUUUUGAGCUCUUAUACUGUGUACUAAUCAGUCGUACUUCUGAAUGACCACCCUUUAAUUCUGGAAAUAUGAUGCUGUAUUUGUUUUUGAUUCCACAUGUACUGUCAGUGCUUUAGCUGAAUUGGACCUUUGUCUCACUUCUUUUUUUGUUUGGUAGUUUAGGAAUGUAUUGCAUACUGUUAUCUUUGUUUACUGGACACACGUAUGCAGGUGUUGCAGAGUAAUUGGGAGACACAAGUCCAAAACGUUCCACUGUGAGAACAUUCCUGUUGAGCGCUGCGUCAUAAAAUCAAUAUGAAUGUACUUGGAAAUGUAAAAUGGCUUCACUCCAUAUUUUGCACUUUGAGAAUGCUGAUGAGUUGUAUAGUUAAAUUAUUUUGGGUUACUUUAUUUAGACAGAGAACAGUUAAGUAAGCGUUCAAACGUGUGAAUCAGAAGACAAACUUAGGCUCCGUCCACAUGUGUCCUACUAUGUUGUUAAAAAUAAGGUAUUUUGUUUAAGACACUCCUUUUGAAAACGGAUUUUAGUUUUGCGUAAACAGGCAAAGUGGAGCUUUUUUGUAUAGUACACUAUUUAUAUCACAAAACUACAACAUCUACACACAGAAAGUUCAAAUUUCAACAUGAAUAAAUGUAUAAUAUACUGUUCUAUUACAAAUAUAUAAGUAUCUGUUUAGAUUUAGAUCUGUUUUUUGUGCCAUGCAUAGUGCACUACUUAUGGAGUAGUGGGUAAUUUGGGAUUAAAUCUCUGUUUUAUUCCUUCUUCAUGGUGUUUUGAGGUACUCACUGGCCUGGCAUGCUCUUGCAAGCAUUGUCACCUCUGUGUUGACAGAAAUAUUUAUAAAAACAGAGAGUGAGAAAUGUCUGUUUUUAAAAUAUAUCCAGAUACGUGUGGGCAGAGCCUCAGACCUAAUCAUUUAUUGUGCUAAAUCCAGAGAUCUGCAUUUUUUUCUGUGCUGUCUCACACUCUUGAAAUGUUUCUUUGAGCGAUGUCACAGAAAUAAAAUUUUUGAUUCCAUAGAGAACCGUGUUUGUAAAAGAGGUAAAUGAGUGUGAAGAACCAUUAAAUGUAAAGUUUCUUUAACAAAUUUGAAGGUUCUUCACACUUUCACAGUCUGUAAUACAAACAAAAAAAACUAAAAUAUCUUUAUGAAACCAAAAAUAGUUUUCAUGUGGAAUGUACAAGCAGAUUUCAUUUGUAAACCGUCGCUGCCAAAGCUGCACUCUCUGAUGAUCAGUGUGUUGAAUAGCUGUGAUUCCUGCAUAAGGAAAGUUGUGCUGUCCUGCUAUUUUUCUGUAAUUAUUUUCGUGAAAACAUGCAUUCCCGAGUUUGAUAUUCCUGUUAUUUCAUAAAGGCUGAAGUGAGGAGAUUGACUGACCUUCAGUGACUUGUAAAAAAAAAAAAAAAAGUGUGAGACCAGCUGGUUAUUGACCACAGUGUUUGAUAUAGUGCCGUUUGGGUGGAAUGCAUGAUAUAUCUGCAGGUAUUUAGUACUCAAAAUUCAGAUGUCUUAAAGUGUGCCUUUAAGUAUUUUUGUUUUGUUUUUAAAUCCAAAUGAUUGUGAUCUGAAAUGAUUUGUGAUAAUGCUACUCUUUCCAUUUUGAAAGCUUUACUUUUCUUUUUAAAAUAAAAUGAAAAAUAUUUUGUAUUUAAUAUAUUUCUACAUCAUCCUUUUUAAGGAAUGUCUUGUUAAAGGCUGGCUGGAAGUUCGUAAAUGGUUAUUUUUUUGUUAAGUAGAUCUUCGUCUCUGCGUUUCAUUUCAAAAUCUAUUUUUUCUGUUUUUCUUUCAUUCCAAAUGCAUUCAUCAGCCAAUAGAUAUUUGGAUUUUGAUAUUUGUUUAUAUGGUUGUAUACUGGAGCUUCAAAACUAGCGGAAGUCCAUGUCGCUGAAAAUUGUUUCAGUUGACUUAAACCCUGUUUACACUCGAACAUUUUUGUUACUAAUAUCUGGAUUGUAUUCUGAUUAGAUUUUAUCCACAUGCAUGUACACAAAUGUGUGUCCACUUAUUUAAGAAUGAAAUCAGGCUGGAGUCUUAGACCACCUCCUAAAGUGUUUUUUAUAUGAUCUGAUUUAAAUGUGUCUUGGGUGAGUUUACACCUGAUUUUUAUGUGGCUUCCUCAAGAUAUAAUCCAGAUGCUUAACCUGCAUAAAAUGACCAGGUGUGAAUGGCUUCAUAGACCACCUCCUGCACUGGCAGUAGUGGUCAGAUUUGUAUCAGUUUUAAGUGUGUUUACACUUGCAUUUUUACGUGGCUUUGCCUUAAACAGAUAUAAUCCUGAUACUCAAGAUGCAUUAAGUGACCAGGUGUAAACAGGAUCUUAGAUUUCAGUGGUAGCUCCAGUGCAAAGACUACAAAAGAAAUGAAACCAAAGCCAAAACCCAAGCAUGUCUUGGCUGAUUGACUGCAUUUUGGGGCUUUUUUUUAAUUAAACCUCUCUGUAAGAAGAAUAUCAAGGGCCUAAAUUGAGAAUGCAAGGCUUUUGAUGAAAGGUUCUGUAUCGUUUACAUUGAUGUGCAUGUUCAGACUUUGUAUCCAGACAUUGAUUCAGACCCAAGUGAGAAUGAAAUCAUAAAGUUUAAAACUUUACAGUCUAUUUCCUUUGUCCUGUGCUGAGAGCUAGGAUGAGGUUGAAUAUGUACGGGGCGUGUUUGCCUCUGCUGCUCUUAUUGAAAAUUGCUGUUGAUGAGAAUAGCAUUUCCCUGAGGUUGCUUUUCAAUAAAAAAAUCUUAAGAUAA